GGGAGGCUCUCACGAGCGGCGUCUCUAAUCCCGCCCCGCGCCUGACGCCGAGGAGCUGAGCGCCAGCGCUAGAGGCUCCGCGAAAGAAGGGCGCCGGUUGGGCCUCCGCGCUUGCCGUAAGGACUGGCCGCUGAGCGCCGCGAUACGAGGGGUCAUUAACAUGGCGGCUAAGAUGGCAAAACUAACAGCUAUCCCAGCUGGUCUGGCAUUUGUAUCUAUUAAUGUAUAUGCUGCAACAGAAGAAGAAUCAAAAGCCCAUUUGGUGAAGCCAAAUCAGCUCCCCAUUUAUUGUGUGCCGCCUCUGAAAUCUAGAUACAUUGAAGAAGAGCCUGGUCAUUUGCAGGUGGGGUUUUCUACAUUGAGAAACAAAACUAGUCGUUACGUUGAGCGAUGCAAGGAUGCCUAUGUCCUUAUUAAAAAUGGGAUAAUGGAUUCAAUACAGUUUGGAAAAGCUACAUAUGUUUAUCUGAAGAAUCCACCUACCGAAUUUCUUCCAAAAGUUGCUGUAAUUACAAUUUCAGGCCUUACUGGCUUAGUUCUGGCAAGAAGAGGUUCUAGAUUUAAGAAAAUUGCUUAUCCACUUGGGCUUGCCACUUUAGCAGUAUCCGUUUGUUACCCAGCUCAGUCAGUAGUAAUUACGAAGGUAUCAGGGAAAAAAGUAUAUGCUGCAAGCCAUCGAACAUAUGAAGCAAUAGCAUCACUGUGGACAAAAAACUCUUCUAUGAAAGAAGUGCUAUUCACACAGAAAGAAGCUUUAAAGCCUGAUUCACACCUGCAACAAGUUCUGGAACCAGCUGUAAGAGAUCAAAAAAGUGCAGAGAUUCAUAAAAGAACUCCUGAAUCUGAGGUUAAGUCAAAACCACUUACUAUAACAGAUUCUCCUAUAAUGAAGACUGAGAGUUCAAAGAAUCCUGUGCCUUUGCCAGCAGAAUUAAAAGUGCCAAAUGUCAUCUCAGAUGUAGUGAAGACAACAAAAUUUAAGUUUGAUCCCAAACUUAUGGACCAUGGCCAAUCGAACCCAGCAGAUGUGGAUAUGUACAGUACCAGAAGCUAAAGCACCAAUUUACAAAUAUUGGGAAGUACUAACAAUAGCAAAGAAAAACUGAAGGAUUAUGCAAUGUAUGAUUAUACCAACUGUGGUAUAAUUUAAUCAGGUAUUUUCUUAAAUCCUAAUAUGUACACUCAAUCUACUUUAUCCUUGUUUAUUACCUACAUAUAAACAAUUAAAUAUUUUAUUUUCCUUCAACAGUAAUUAACUGUUUGACCAGGAACAUUAUAUUUCUCUCUGUGUGCUGCAAUGAGGUAUAUCAUGAUUGUCACUGUCAAAUUAUUAAUAAACAUAUAUCACCUAUAUGAGAGACUGUUUGAAAGCGUAAAUGUAUUUCUGUCCUUCAGCCCUUUAGUUUUCAAAGACAGUAAAAUAAAAAUCUGGUCGUCUUUUGGUGAUGGUGGUUCCCUUUCUCACUCACUUUCAUUUCUGAAAUAUUAUGGGCAAAGGAAAGCAUUUUUCGUGUAUACUGGCUUAAAUAUCUUAUUACUCUGAGCACUCAUAAAAUAAAAGAAACCAACUGUGAUUUUA